UGGUCCUUCUCCGCGUGGUCUAGACAUUAAAUUGCAGCAACACACCUUUUAUAGCGUUUAUAUAAAAAGCAAACAAUACCCUCAAAACUUUACACGGGAAAACCUCUAGCUGAAUAUCAUCCUUUAAAAAAUGCUUCACAUUCUGUUUCUGGUUGCUCUCCUAUUCUCCUCAUCCUCUCAUGCAGCAGAUUUCUGCGUCGCCAAAUUAAGAGGUGCAGGCAAUCCUUCAGGGUAUGCCUGCAGGAGCCCCGCUAAUGUCACAGCUGAUGAUUUCGUGUUCAAAGGUCUAGCCGCAGCCGGUAAUACUACAAAUAUUAUCAGUGCUGCUGUGACUCCAGCGUUUGUGCAGCAAUUUCCAGGUCUAAAUGGUCUUGGCAUAUCCACUGCUCGGCUAGACCUUGCACCAGGAGGUGUCGUACCAAUGCACACCCACCCAGCUGCCACUGAAAUUCUCUACGUGGUCUAUGGAAAAAUAACUGCUGGGUUUAUUUCCUCUGCAAAUACUCCUUAUGUCAACACUCUAAAGACAGGUGAGGUUAUGGUGUUUCCACAAGGGCUGCUUCAUUUCCAGAUAAAUGCAGGUGGGAAACCAGCACUUGCUAUUGUUAGUUUCAAUAGCCCUGAACCUGGUCUGCAAAUUCUUGAUUUCGCAUUGUUUGGCAAUAGCUUGUCCUCUGCUUUGAUAGAGAAAACCACUUUCCUUGAUGAUGCUCAAGUGAAGAAGCUCAAGAGUGUUCUUGGUGGUACUGGCUAGGGUUGAUAAGAUCAGUUUCUUGCUCAUUAUCCCUUGUUUGGUGUGUUGUAGUUGGAUAAUUGUGAUUUGUUCUUCGAGAUAUGUAUUUUUCUGAUUAAUGUUAAGUGAUUUAUGCAAUUAUUUGUUUCGAUUCAUAAUGCCAGCUUUCCUCAGUGUUCGUGCAA